CCCUUUUUGCCCACCGUACGUUACAACCUCAAAGUAUGGCGGACAGAACCUUCUGACACGUUUGUUUUGGUCCUUCACAUGCUUAUUUGUCUCGUCUCUGACCCUUUCAGGAGUCCGACUUCGUCUUGGAGUAAACAAAUAACAAACACUGCAACUGAGGUUAGAUCACAUUUUAUCAUGCCUUCAGCCUGUGACUCCCUGAUUGACGACAUCGAGGACAUGGUGUCUGCUAGUGACCCCACUCCUUAUGAGAGACAGUCUGCCAAAAGGAGUGUCAUACCCAGGUCAAGGAAGAAAACGGACAUUUUCAACAGUGAGGAACUACAAGCUGACAGUUUUAUUCCGGGCACCCAGAAAAUCUGGAUGAAAACAUGGGGCUGCAGUCACAACAACUCGGAUGGAGAGUACAUGGCUGGACAACUUGCUGCCAGUGGAUACAAAAUGACUGAUGACCCAACAGAAGCAGACCUAUGGCUCCUGAACAGCUGCACCGUCAAAAACCCUGCAGAAGACCACUUCAGAAACUCAAUCAAAAAAGCCCAAGAGCAACAGAAAAAUGUGGUAGUCGCUGGUUGUGUUCCCCAGGCCCAACCUCGAAUGGACUAUCUAAAGGGGCUCAGCAUCAUUGGGGUUCAGCAAAUUGAUCGAGUGGUAGAGGUGGUGGACGAGGCUGUAAAAGGUCACUCAGUACGUCUUUUGGGCCAGAAAAAAGAUGGAAGCCGGAGGUUAGGAGGAGCUAGACUGGACCUGCCAAAGAUAAGGAAAAACCCACUGAUUGAAAUCAUCUCCAUUAACACAGGGUGUCUGAAUGCCUGCACCUACUGCAAGACCAAGCAUGCCAGAGGAGACCUGGCCAGCUAUCCCAUAGAUGAGCUAGUGGAGAGAGCUCGCCAGUCUUUCCAAGAGGGAGUGUGUGAAAUCUGGCUAACCAGUGAAGACACGGGAGCGUAUGGUCGAGAUAUCGGGACUGACCUGCCAACCCUGCUGUGGAGGCUGGUGGCAGAGAUCCCUAAAGGGGCCAUGCUAAGGCUGGGCAUGACCAAUCCACCGUAUAUCCUGGAACACCUCGAGGAGAUGGCGAAGAUAUUGAAUCAUCCCCGUGUCUACGCCUUCCUUCACGUUCCAGUGCAGUCCGCCUCAGACAGCGUCCUCAUGGACAUGAAGAGAGAAUACUGCAUUGAGGACUUCAGAAGAGUGGUUGACUUCCUGAAAGAAAGGGUCCCAGGUGUAACAAUUGCGACAGAUAUAAUCUGCGGCUUCCCUGGCGAGACAGAGGCAGACUUCAGAGAAACUAUAGACUUGGUGAAAUGUUAUCGAUUCCCCAGUCUCUUCAUCAAUCAGUUCUACCCCAGACCAGGGACACCGGCGGCUAAAAUGGAGCAAGUGCCAGCACAUGUGAAGAAACAACGGACCAAAGAACUGUCUCAACUCUUUCACUCCUACAACCCAUAUGACCACAAGGUUGGUGAGAGGCAACAUGUGUUGGUGACAGAGGAGUCCUUUGAUGCCCAAUACUAUGUGGCACAUAACAAGUUCUAUGAGCAGGUACUCGUGCCCAAGAGGUUGGAGUUCAAGGGGAAAAUGAUUGAAGUCGACAUCUACGAGGCAGGAAAACACUUCCUGAAAGGGGCACCAGUAGAAGACAGUAAACCUUUCACUCCCUCCAUCGCUGCACCAUUUCAAAAAGGAGAAGUGUCGGGACUGAUGCAGGAGCAGAUGGCAAAUGGUGUCCAAGGUCCUUCUUCUAUGUCUUCCUCUGUUUUGUUGAUUGGGUCUUACAGCGUGAACCGCGAGCUAUUGAAGAGGCUGGGGGUCGGACUGGCGCUGGCAGCAGCCUUACUGGCUUUUAUUGUGGAGAGGUUGUAUUAGUGGCUGUGAGAGGAGCUGUAACCAAGGAGGAGCAUGGAGACAUAAUUGGGACGAAACAACAUCUUUGAAUGAAUUCACUCUUUUCUUAAAUUUUGCUUUUAAAUGAGGAAGAAAAGCAUACUUGUAAUUUUACUUUUAAUUAAAGGUCAUAGGUCAUCAUUGAGAUAUAAGAUACAACAAACAAGCUGUCCUUUUUUUCAGUUAACAGUGAAUACAUAUUGUUAUACUAAGGAUAUUUCAACAAUGUUUAUAAAACAAACUUAGUUACUAUUGGACGCAAUCAAAGUUGCACUCUGAGUUCGUUGACAUAGGUUUUGUGUUUGCCAAUUGUUUUAUUGAGCAUCCUGUGUAAAAGUUGUAUUAAACUUUGUCACUUAUAUUACUAUGUUAAGUAUUUUGUUUGAAAUGAGCCACAUAAGAAAAGUAUUUGAAAAAAACAUGUGGGCCAUUAUUCAUUUGUUGGUACUUAUAAAACUCACACAGCAACACACACAUUACUUGAAAUAAUAAGAGAAAUGGCUGACUCCCAACCACAAUGAUUACUUUCCAUGGUUACUAAUUACAUUUAUUAAGUAGUAAUUCUGUUUGGAAUUCGACUAAUACCUAUUAACUGUACCUAAUUACUUUUCUGCCAACAUGUCCACAUUUUUUUUU